AGGACACAACACAAUACACGACCACACUACUACGCCAUCUUGGAUUACAGGUGUCUUCCCUUACUCUCCCUCUUCCACAACUCUUGCCACUUAUUUUAAACCACUGUUCUUAUUAAUCCCUUGGCUUCUGCUUUACUGAUUGACAAUUAUAUCUCAACAUUAGGAUGUUUAAGAGCCUGCUUGGCAAUAAUAUCCACUUCCUCAUUCCCCUCUACUCCCACAUGAGCUGGUACCCAGAGGAACAUAACAUAUCCCCAUCUGUUUCACCCUAUACAAGCACAGCAAAACCUCAUACAACACAUCCUGUCUGCUCUGAGACACACAUGAAUUUAAACUCAUCAAUGCUGCACAGGAUUCAGAACAGAUGACUACCACUCACGAGAGUUAGCCCAAACUAAGUACUGCACAAAUUCGCUAAUCUUUACAACUAUAUGUUUGUUAAAUCCGUUCAAAUUGAACAUUUAGAUGAUGUCUAGAUCUGAGAAUAUGCGCAGCUCCUCGCACAGACUGACCCUCGUGAGUUUGCAGUAUGAUUCUUGACCAAUCAGAGUAGAGAUCGAACAACAUGUGACAUAGAGAACGUCGAUCAUAGAAAGUCAUUGGCCGUGUUCGAGAGCAUCAAAACCGUGAUGUAUUAUGGGUAAAUGGUGACUGACUGACUGAUCUACAAAUAAUAAAGAGUCGUUAUUUACGUUGCACGGUGAUUUGUAGAUCAACCAGUCGGCAGUUUCCUCCACUGUCGGCUGCAAUUUCGAACAAGCCCAUUGAUGUCAACAAACCCCAUAUGAUCGUGCGACGCAAGCAAGCUUCCACGACGCAGCGUAAAAUAUUUUGAGAUGAAGGAGGAGCCUAAGGGGCUGCUACCAGAGCAGGUACACCCAGUGAGGGGAGGCAGAAACCAUGGACCUGAGUGAGAGGAGGCCCAACAAGUGGUGGACAGAGUCGGACACCUUCGCCAUGCUGGCCCUCAUUGAGCAGUUGGACCUGGUGCAUGAGCUGGAUAAGAAGCGCCAGCGGAACGACUCGCACUUCCGCCGCCUGCGCUACAGCCUGGCCAAGCGGGACAUCCACUUCACCGUCAACCAGAUACGCAACCGCUGGAAGAGCCUCAAGCACAAAUACCGCAAGAUCAAGAUGGCAGGAUACCGUAGCCCCGCUGCACGCCUGUCCGCCAUCGAGUCAUUCCGUUACUUCCGUAUGCUGGACCGCAUGCUGGCCAGGAGGGCCCGGGCGGGGGCCCCAGAGCAAGGCACUGCAGAUGGACACAAUAUGGUGGUGUUGACCCCCUCGGACCUGGAGGAUCAUACUGAUGGUGAUGUUGCUCAGCCUGACUCUGUGGCCCCUUGGCAGGACAGCCUGGCUCCAGCUCUAGAGGGAGAAGGAGACGAGACUAACGCCAUCCCAGAAGAGGCCAACGUCAGCACUCCGGGCUGGGCGCUGAAGUCAGAAGAGAUUAUGACUUUAGGUCUGUCUGGAGAGUAUCUUUACCCAGUGAAGAGUGAGCCACAUUCAGUACCCUCUUUACAUGAUGGUGAGGGAGCUAGUGACCCCACUAGCUGUAGUCCAGAAGAACAAACUGGCACUUGUGAGGACACCAGCACCCUGAUCCUCCAGCAGCUGACCAUCCUGAACCAUAAGCUAGGGGAACAGCUCGCUGAGCAAAGGGCCUUCCACUGCAGCAUGCUGGGUAUGAUGGACCGACAGAUAGAGGUCCUGGAGCAGCUCUCCAACUUCUCCACAGGCCGCCAGGUCAAGACCGAACCUGACGACAGUGACACUCCUAUCAGCCAGCAGGUCCACAACUCCCUGGUGCGCAUCCUGAGAGGAGUGGAACAGGUCCAAACCCAAGGACACCAGCCAUGCUCAUGCAAGGCUUCCCCCUCACAGCCUACAUCUCCCUCCAGGACGGUCUCUCUGUUAGAGGUCCACAAAGGAUCACCCUCCAGGGAUGGGAACUCAACUAGUGACACAUCCAACCCUCAGCCCUCAGACCAUGGGCGGCCUGAACCUCAAAGACCAUCCCGCUCAGAGCAGCUUUCCCCUUCCCCACAGAAGGGUGUUCUGCUUAACGGACUUGUGCCAGCACAAGUGAGUGCUCUUGAAGCUUCAUUCAGUAGUGGAAAGUACAGUGCUCUGACAGAGGAGAGCAUACACUCUUAGAAAAAAGGGUUCCAAAAGGGUUCUUCAGCUGUCCCCAUAGGAGAACCCUUUUUGGU